GGACAAUGUCACUGGCCCCAACGCACACAACACCCAGAGGUCAAGUGGUCCUGCAGCCCACAUAUUUCACAUGCUCCUUGUUUGUGGACCCUGCUCGCGAAGAUAUUGACCAUCUUGUUCGUGUCUAUGCCGAGCGAUAUGCUAGGUCUCCGCUUCCUCAGCCUUUUGUGCUAUUCAAGGAUAUCUGGAACAACCAAGGAUGGACGUGGUUGCAUUUCAAGGUUUUUGAUGCCAGAUCUCGCGAUGCUUUUCUUAAAGUCACAAUGCAACUCUUCUCAGAACGGUUAGCGGAAUCCGAGUAUCCUCUUACUAGAGCUGCUGCUCUGUUCGGCCUUUACACGUUCUUUGCAACUCAGCCAACAACAUCAGCUCCGCCGUUGCAUGCUAUCACCCAUCUUCCCAUGACAAUCGACAUGUAUCAGUCUUUACUGAAGCUUCCCGACGUCCUCGAAACGGAUUUCAUGCGCCCUUUAAGACCCCACCUCAGUUCUUUCACAUACUCCCCCCCGUCUAAUUUGUAUCCGCUUAAUCCGCGAGAAUUGCCAAGGGAAAAAUUUGUCUCAGACACCACGAAUGGGUACGAACAGGUAGCUUAUGCUACCACAAGUGCAACCAAGAAGAAAGGUCGACCGUCGAAGCAUGACAAGGUGAAGAAAUCCAAGGACGCUGUCGUUGCGCUGGACAAGUGGCUAGACAAAACUGCAUAUACAUAUCAACCACCUCGUGCUACAAGUGCCGAGGCUCCACAACCUGUCACUACGCAUAUUCUACUUUCACAUCCGCCAAGCACGACACGGAACAAUUACCGGGCAAAAAAAUCGGAGUUGCUAGAGAAGCUCGAGCCCGAUUAUCCGUAUGUGACGACUGAAGGACUUGGACGAGCGGCUUUGGAACGAGCAAACCUAGGGGUUGUGAGCAGGUUACAAAAAAUUGAUGAGGAGGCGGCAGCAAAGGGAAUGGAGAUUGGGGGAGAAGGCGGAGAGCGGACUGGAUUACGUCGUGUGGAGAGAGCUGCUGAUGAACUUGGUAAAAUUGGGUUGCUAGGAGGUCGUGGCGGCCUGCUUGGUUUGUUAGAAGGCGCGGGCAUUGGACAGUCGUCGUAAGACGGGGGACCACGCCGUUUUGUGAACCAUCAGAUAUAUUAUUUUAAGACAAUAUCCCCUGUCAGGGGUGCCGGUUACUUCCCACG